UUUGGCUGAUAGGUACUCCAUGCCACAGCUCAGGAUGCCUUGAUGCCACACUGUGAAUUGAUCUCUCCGUUAUUUCACCGAGUUUUGCCUGAAUCCAAACCCUCAGUCCAGCCUAUGGUCUUGUAGGCUGCAUAGGCCCUUCAGUCAGUGGGCUUUGCGUGCGACAGAGCCAACCUUUCUCCACAUUCCACAAUGAAAGAGUUUUGUCCCUACAUUGUGAUUUAGGUCAUCACCAAUUCAGUGGCUGUUUUGUGGCAUUUGAAAGAUGUCCAAUCUCCUGGGUUGGCACAAUCACGCCAUGCUUGUUACCAUGGAAAGCAGUGCGAGCUAGAACCUCCUCCAUCCAUGCGUGUUCCCAAAGUAAAUCUCCACUUUCUGCGGGGCUGAGCUGAAGGGGGUUGGGAGGUAACUUGCGGUCAUCUCUCUCUCUCUCUCUCUGCAGUGAAAGAUGCUGGAGGUUCAUGCUCAUGCUCUACACACCCACAUAUUAACCCUCUCCUCUUUUUCUGCGCGUUCAGACUCAGCGUGGUAACAUACUGCUGGGUAAUGCACUCAGAGUGCAUCAGUCUGUGUGGCUAUGUAAUAGAUAAAGAUACUCCAGACAGGCUGGAAAUCUAAAGAGGUUAAUUCGGCUGACUCCUCCUCCCAGCGUUGCUCUUUAUCGUAUUAAUAAUCACACCACUUGAGCUUCGCCUUAAAAGUGGGAGGGCUGCGCGAGAGCUCCGGGAAAACCGCGAGGAGCUGUCACCGUUACGCGUGGUGCUGAAAGUGCCACUCGCCGCAUCAUGUGGUCGGUCUUCUUUGUCUUUCUGUCUUACCUGGACAGAAACUUCGUCAAGGGUGACUUCCUGAGUCUCGCCUUGGACGCGGAGAAGGAGAGCAAAGAAAUGUUCUCCAUGCUGAACGGCACCUUCUGCGCAAAAAUGUCAACAGUCCGGGAGAAUUUCUUCUACCAGGUGUCGGACGGAGUCGAGGUGGUGCGCUCCGUCGCCAGCCCCGCCGGGAAGCUCGUGAACUGCUCCGUCAUCGUGAACCACAUGCAGGUGAAGUCGUUCAUGCACGAGUGCAGGUUGGGAUUGAAAGAGCAGAGAGCCGCGAGGGAGCUGGAGACGCGUUUUACGCGCAUUGAUGAAGCCAAACUGAUGUGCCGGGAGUUUAAGGAGAAGUCGGAGCGCAGUGGCAGGGUGGAAAGGGAUGACAGCGAGGACUCCGCGCUGCAGGACGAGGUUUUAAAGCGAUCCAAGAGAGGCUUCACUUAUCCUGGCACCCUGUGGUGUGGAGCUGGAAACAUGGCUGAUAAUUAUGACCAGCUAGGUAACUUUGCAGAAACCGACAGCUGCUGCCGGACCCACGACCACUGCCCUCAUGUCAUCCACGCCUUCUCCUCAAAAUAUGGCCACACCAACUUCAAGUGGCACUCAAUCUGUCACUGUGACUGCGACAAUACGUUGAAAGAGUGUCUAAGGAAAGUCAACGACACAUCUUCCAGGAUCGUCGGCCAGGCGUUCUACAAUGUCAUCGGUGUGCCUUGCUUUGAAUUCGCCUAUGAAGAACAGUGUGCAGAGCGGCACUGGUAUGGCGUAUGUAAACGAUAUGAGAAGUUUCCCAUCGCCGUGCUCAGAGACGCGGUGCCGUAUGACUUUGGCGGUAUUGAAGUCAUCGAUGAGCUGACGUUGGCUCCUCCCAGGAGGACAGAUGCCAAGAACAGCAAAGAAGACGACAAACCGGAGACUACAACACAGUCUACUAAAGAAACUACAACACAGUCUACUAAAGAAACUACAACACAGUCCACGAUGUCAGGCCCUGAAGAGCCUUCCCUCAGAAACGUUGUCAAUGCUGCCGAGGACUUCAUCAAGGUCCUUGCCACCGUCUCCACCUCUCAGAGCUCCAAUACCGACUCCGAUAAAAGCGAGACGCAAAGCUCAGAGAAGAAGAAGAGGAAGAACUCAGGGAAGAAGAAGAAGACUACCAAAAAGCAGAAAGGAAAGGGAAAGGGGAGGAAGAGGAAACAGAAAGCAGAGGCAGGUGUUAAAAUAGAGGAAGGAACUGCUGUUUUGACCUCUGGCAACAAAGCAGAAGAAGUCAACGGUCUGAGUAACUUCAUCAGCGAGUCAAACAAACAUGACAAGGCAAGUAGAAACACAAACAGAGUCGGUAACAGUGAAUAUGAGCUCGGAGGAAAAGAAGAGGCCUCCAAUGAAGUCAUGAAAGAUGAACCGGCUAUGGAUAAGGAGGCGGUUUCCAUUACAUCACCUAUGGCGGUCCAGAAGAAACAAGAGUCCAGAGACGAAAUCACCCUUUUUACAACAGGAAGCACGAUACGUCCACAGAAAGCAAAAACCAGAAGGCAACGAAAGGGCGGCAGAAAGAAUAAACCUCCUCUUUUGUCUUCUAAAGAGCUUGUUUUAAACACAACAGACAUUUCCGUCCCUGCCAUCAUAACCAUAACCCCGGCGUCACAAAGCUUCGGGAGCGACGACGCUGAAAAGCAACGUGUCGCCGGCACCGCAGGGACCCCCAUUGUAAUCUCCAAGGUUCAAAGGAACAGGUCAAAGGAGAGAGGAGACAGAGAAGGGACAAAAAAAAGGAGGAAAGACAACUCGGCUUCCAUCAUUGUGGCUGCUCCCAAUGAGAAUUCCUUUGCAGACAAUCUUCCUCUCACCGGGGCUGCCACCAUACCAUUGGUUGCCGCCACAAGGCAGCCGGUUUCACACAGGCUGGACAUUUACGGAAGGAAGGCGAACGUCCAAGUUACGGGUCUGGACUCCUCCUUUAGUGUUCUGAAAAGGCAAAAGUCGCAGGAGAGAGGACUGAGGAGCAGGAGGAGGAAAACAGCGUUGCCUCUUUCGAGUGAAAGUUUUCACAACAGCUCUGUAAUUGUGCCGCUGGUUCUUCCGACUCCAGAGACGAACGUUGGACUGGACAGCCCCACAACUGCUGCAAUAAGCAUGCUUAGAGAGGAGACACGCACUCACAGUGAAUGGAGACUUUUUACCGCCAUCACGGCGGCACCUUCUGUCAUUACAAAAAGACACAGGCAGACAAUGAGACAGCAGAGAAAGCCAAGAAGAAAAGCCAUGCCUGCUGCUCUCAGCGAUGGAGUUUCCCUCCUCGAACAAACUGAACAAACCUCAAUGACAUUUACAACCACGCCAUUCAAAGUCGCCACUACCGAAGAGAGGACCUCCAUGACCACCACCUCAGCGAGUCCCGUCAUGAGUCCGAUUCAGCUCUCCAUCGAGAAAGUGAGGGCACAGUUUAGCAGGAAGAAGAGGAGGAAAGCCAGGAAAGUGAAUUGUGUUAGACAUUAAUGAGCCACGUGGUGCAAGUAGAGCAGGAUAGGCUGAAAGAAAAACGCCAAACUAGCUCCUGUCGAUCACAUAAACCUGCUUCACGAUGAGUUACAUCUCAAAAUAUUUACUUUAUAAUUUUUUCUGGCAUUUAAAAUCAAAAUAAAUGGGCAGAAAUCAUAUUUGAUUGUAAUGUGGGAAUCAUGUUUUGUAAUAUUCUGCAUGCCUACAAUAAAAUUUAU